AUGGCCGACAUAGCAGCUAAGAAAAGGGUUAGGAGAGGCCAGAGAGGAGCGGUAACAAGGAAAAUAGGCGAAGCAGUUGGUUUGUUACAGGCAGAAGAACCGGAUAUGGCGAAAUUGGAGCAAAUAGGGGCGACAUUGGAGGAGAAAAAGGAGGCAUUAAGAGAUAUGGAUAAGGAAAUAGAGGAGCUAAUAGAAGACGAGGAAGAGCUGGUAGAUGAGAUUUGUAAAGGAGACGAGGUCAGAGAAGAAAUAAAGGCAAUAAUAAGUAGAAUAGAUGCUCUUAGGACCGAUGCAUCAUCGGAGACGAGGGGCGUGUCUGCGCCGAUGACUACGCCCACCGACAUUAUUCACGCAACUCCUUGCAAGGUUCGACUCCCGAAGAUAAACCUUAAGGUAUUUGAUGGAGAUAUAACUCAGUGGAUUCCAUUUUGGGAGUCCUAUUGUUCUGCUAUCCAUGAUAAUAGUCAGCUGUCAGAUAUUGAAAAAUUUACAUAUCUCAAGUCACUAGUAGAGAAGACAGCAAAGGAAGCAAUAGCUGGAUUGUCUUUAUCCACGGCUAAUUAUCAGCAAGCUAUCGAGAUAUUAAAACGCAGGUUCGGCAACAAAGAAAAGAUUGUAAAUCGACACAUGGAUUUAUUAGUAGGAUUAGAGGGAGUGUAUUCAGAUCAGAAGUUGGGAAUGCUUAGAAAGCUAUAUGACAAGGUUGAAACACAUAUAAGAAGCCUUGAAGCACUUGGGAUUAAAGCUGACACCUAUGGAGGGUUGCUCUGUCCUAUAUUAAUAAAGAAGUUACCUCCAGAGAUGAAGUUAACAAUAAGCAGAAAGCUGUCAUCAGAUGAAUGGAGCACAGACAAGAUCAUGCAGGUAAUUCUCGAUGAAAUUGAAGCCAGAGAGAGAAUGGACCUGAAAGGGCGUGAUGAAAAGAGAGGAAAGGAAAGAGAGACCCACACUGGAGCGACACUGUUUAGUGGUGGUGAUAAUUAUUGCUGCUAUUGUAAAGCACAAGGCCACAAUCCAGAAUCUUGUCGCAGAGUCAGUUCAGUAGAAGAGCGAAGACAAAUCUUACGACGAGUGGGGAGGUGCUUCAUCUGUUUAAGAAAGGGGCAUAUUAGCAGUAAAUGUCGUAGCAGAUGGAAAUGUAUGAAGUGCAAAGAACAACAUCAUACAAGUAUAUGCAAUAAAGGUACACAGCCCAAGAAGGAUGAAAAGCCUCUAAAUCCUGGAGCCACUUCUUUCACUUCAGAAAGAGCUACUACUAUGUACACCAGUCCCAUGAAGCAAGCAGUGUUGCUACAAACCGCAGAAGCAGUAAUACGAAACCCCUUGAGUAAUCAGAGAGGGCACGCUAAUAUCAUUUUCGAUCUGGGGAGCCAGAGGUCGUAUAUAACAUCACAGUUUUCAAGGGAGUUAGAGCUCAGAGUGUUAGGCAAGAAAUCAGUCACCAUAUUAACCUUUGGAUCAAAGGAGGAGAACUCACAAAGGUGUGGAUUAGUCAAGGCAAGGAUCUUGACACAGGAUCAGACAGAAGUAGAAGUUACUAUGUUAGUGGUCCCACUAAUAUGUGAACCUCUAACAAAGCCUUGCAUCCAAGACUGCCUCAGAAAAUACCCCCACUUACAAAAGCUACAGUUAGCAGACCAAAGUACACAGGAGCAAUUUCAGCCAGACAUACUUAUAGGAUCAGACUUCUAUUGGCAACUGAUGACAGGAGAGACUGUGAAGAGUAAGCAAGGUCCAACUGCAGUUUGCUCUAAACUUGGAUGGGUUUUAUCUGGCCCAACAGAAACAGGAACAGAUCAGGACAUUUCUACACUGGUCACGCAUGUCCUUCGAGUGACAACAGAGUCUGGUACAAAACCAUUGGACAAAAGGUUGCAGGCCUUUUGGGAAUUGGAGGCAAUAGGAAUUGUUGACAAAGAGGAAGAUGUCUAUGAACAGUUCACAGACCACAUUACAUUUGAAGAUGGUCACUAUCAAGUAGCUCUGCCAUGGAAGAACCCACUAGAGAAUAUACCUGAUAAUUAUGAUCUAAGCCUGAGACGAUUGAAUGGGUUAUUGAAAAGACUCAGUCAGGACAGGGAGCUCUUUAUGACUUAUGAUGCCAUCAUACAAGAGCAAUUACAGAAGGGGAUAGUUGAAGAAGUAGAGGAACCUGAGCUCAUAGCUGGGGACAGAGUGCACUACUUGCCGCAUCACGCGGUUAUACGUACGGAUAAAGAGACCACAAAGAUACGCAUUGUAUAUGACGCCUCAGCCAAGCAGAACGGACCAUCACUGAAUGAAUGUCUGCAUACAGGUCCAAAGUUACAUCAGAAAAUAGUGGACAUACUUCUAACCUUUCGUAGUCAUCAGGUAGCUAUAGCAGCAGACAUAGAAAAGGCAUUCUUGAAUAUAUCUGUGGCACCACAAGACAGAGAUGUGCUUCGGUUCCUUUGGGUUGCAGACAUAGCAGCUGACGUACCACAGAUAAAGGUAAUGAAAUUCACACGGGUAAUGUUUGGAGUAUCAUCUAGUCCAUUUCUUUUGAAUGCUACUAUACAGAAGCACAUGCAAGGAUUCACAAAGCAAUACCCUUAUAUAGUACCAAAGCUGUUACAAGCCACAUAUGUGGACGACAUUAUAACCGGAGCAAGGACUGAGACAGAAGCAGAGGAGUUGUACACAAUAGGUAAGAAGUUGCUACAGAAGGGAGGAUUCAACCUGCGAAAGUUUGUAUCUAAUUCAAGUGAGUUACAGAAAAAGAUCUCACAGAAGGAAAUUGGAAAGGAAGGCAUUGUAGCCUUAGUAAGAGGAAGCCAAAAGGUACUUGGUGUAUUAUGGAACGUCGACACAGAUGAGCUUGUAUUUGACUUGAGAGAUAUAUCAAGAGAAGCAAAUGAAAUUAGCCCUACUAAGAGGCGAGUUGUUAGCACUGUUAGUAAAUUUUUUGAUCCACUAGGAUUGAUCAGUCCAGUCACAGUUCAGUUCAAAAUGCUAUUUCAAGCACUAUGUAGGAACAAAGUAGGGUGGGAUGAACCUCUACGGGGAGAAUUGCUACAGAUAUGGAACAAGUUGGCAAAAGAUUUGAUGAGAGUAUCAACAGUUCGGGUACCACGAUAUUAUCUAAGCCAAAUGCAGGGAGAGCAAAGUUGCUCAUAUCAGCUACAAGGAUUUUGUGAUGCUUCAAAGGGUGCAUACGCCGCCGUAAUUUAUCUUGUAGCCAAAUCAGAUUCAAAACGAAUUACGCAACUAUUAAUCGCCAAAACUCGAGUAGCACCACUAACAAAACAGACAAUUCCUAGGUUAGAACUACUUGCAGCAGUAAUAUUGGCAAGAUUGAUGUCCACAACACAAGAAGCAUUGAGCCGAGUCAUGAAGCUGGAUAGUCCAAGGUGUUAUACAGACUCUGAAAUCGCAUUACAUUGGAUCAGAGGUAAGGACAGGGCUUGGAAACCAUUCGUCCAGAAUAGGGUACAGGAGAUAAGAAGGCAUGUGGAUAUGGAAUAUUGGAAUCAUUGUGCUGGGCUUGACAAUCCAGCUGAUAUCCCUUCAAGAGGACAACAGGCAAAGGAAUUGGUAGGCAAUACACUGUGGUUUGAAGGACCAAAAUGGUUAGGAAUGCAGGAUAGAGAAGAUGUAGAGUGGGAAGGACAGCUACCAGCAGAAUGCUUAAAAGAAUUGCGAACAAAAGAUUGUUCCCUCACCUGCUUGGUGGGGAAGGUUAGUGACAAGAAAGGAAUAGCAAGCAUCAUGGAUAUAGAGAGAUAUAGCAGCAUAG